CUGCACGGACAUAUUUGGAUGGCGGACCAACAUGACAAGGACAUGGCUGUUGGAAUAACACAAAUGUCAUGCCUUUUUAAAGGAAUUGUAGCUAUUCGGAAUAGGGCGUUAUGGCCAGUGUGCCUUGGAGUUGUCACUCCUCAGCUACGAGAAUUCUGUGUUAGGAAAGAGCCUAUGCUGGAGGAGAACCCCUUUUACGGCAAAUACCAGGACAAAAUUCGCCAGUUUCGCAGUGCCAGUCCAGCUGAAUAUGAGGCUCGCAUGGAGAAAAGGAAGGAAGUCAAGGCAGCUCCAGUGGGACAGUCAACACAAGAAGAAUUUAUUUCAUUUAUGGAACAAGAGUCAAAAAGGCUUGUCGAAAGAGCAUCUGGCAAAAGUGCUUUCCUCCCUAAAGAGAAGACUCUUGAUUCAAUUUUGAACUUAGAAAUGGUUAAAGAGAAGACAGCAGAAGAAAUUGGUCAGAUUUGGACGCAGUAUUUUGCAACUAAAGACACUAUUUCUGCAGUUAUUCCUGCAAUGAAGUUUGAAUUAAUGCAGAAAAGAGCACAGUCCUGCCCCACUUUCCUGUAUGCACUUCCAAGAGCUGAAGGCUAUGAGUUCUUUGUGGGUCAGUGGUCUAGCAAACAUCUUCAUUUUACGUCACUAAUAAACAUUCAGACAUUAGCAGAAAAUGCUCCCAGUCAGUUAAUACUGUACCACUACUGCGAACUUCAGGAAGACAAGGGAAUUGUACUCUUGACAGCAGAAAUGGAUUCCACCUUCCUGGGUGUCCAUGAGGCCCAGUGCUUAGCCAGCCAAGUGCCACUGUUCUAUGCAACAGAUCGUCUGGAAACAUUUGGAUUGGUGGAGACAUUUAACCAUAAGCCUGAUAAGUUCAAGCAUAUGUCUGUUAUUGCUGAACUAGAGCACAGUGGACUUGGGGCUAGCAAAAGUGUCCCAUAAAAAUAAAUGAAUACCCUUCAGAAAAUGUGAAUGAUUUGUACACAGCUUUUGGAAAGGCUUUCUAGUUCCAUAAUGGAAUGUAUAUCAUCCAAGAAGCUUUCCAGUGAAAAUUUACUGAUGAUGCAACUUUAGAUUAUUCCACUGUCAUUAUUCAUCCAUGCUUUGUACAGGCCUCACUGUGUUAUGAGCUGAGACAUGGAACUCUGAAAUCCAGUUUGUGUUGGUGACUGAGAUUGUAAAAAGUAUUUGCACAUUUUCUUCUUUAAGUUGUCCUUGUGUAAAAGGUUCUUCAUUUCUGGGUGCUAAAAAAAAAAAUAAACAAUUUGUACUAAAA